UUAUGACCUUGAACAAAGUUGUAAAAAAUGGAGAUUGCCAUUAAAAAACUGCAAAGUCUUCUUUAUAUGACUUGGACGAGGUCAUAUUAAUUUUUCUGUGUAAUGCUUCUCUCAAAAUUCUACAACUUUUGCAUAAAACUUUUUUUUGAAAAUAUAUUUUAAAUAGUAAGGGAUUUGAGCACUUUUUGUAUGUCCUUACAAAGCACUGUAUUUACUAAACCAUAGCAAAUAGAAAAAAAUUUCACUUACAUUUUGUGUAUAUAUUCUAUUCAUACUCCUCUUUCAUCUCCUAGUCGGUUUUACCUUACCUUUUGACACCCUCUAUAUACACAUAAAUACACAUUCACACAUCACGCAUUACGACGCACAUAUUCACGCCUAUACCGCAUAUAUGCACGCACGUGUUCGAUAUAUUCUCGAGUUACAGUACGACAGUGAUUAUCUCUGUGGGAACGUUGCGUCGAUAUCGGUGUAAAAUUCGAAGCUGCCAAGAGGAUACCGCGAUUAACAAUGGUAUCGCGUGAUUACGCAUGCAUUCUGUUGCGUUUGUUCAUACGCACAGGUGAUAGCGCGGGUCUAUAUAUGCGACGCACUCCGUUCGAUCAUCCGUGACAUUCGAGGUAGAAUUUAUUCGUUUCGCACGCGAGGUGCUAUUGAGGUGUAAUGGGAGGAACGCGUCUCGUGGUACUAAUGACAAUCUUCGCGAUGCUAGAGGAGGUUGCGCAAGGAUGCAGUUGCGCGGCGUUCGAUGUUUCGGGAAUAGAACCGAUAAUAGAAUAUAUGCUUCGAUACAACGUGGACUGCGAUCGAGAAAGCAUCGAGAAGACAUGCGAGCAACUGUGCAUCGCCUUGGCUAAAAGUGCAUGGGAUAAGGCGUCGAUGAUGAUUUGCGAAAAAUUGAACACGCACGUUGAGAAUUUAAAGAUAGCUGUGUACGCGAAAUUGUGCGAUACUACACUCUGGUCGUUCACCGGCUUUGAGAGCGCAGAGCUCAUUUGCUGCCACGAAGGAAAAGUGACAAUCUGCGACGAAGCGAUGGUAAUUGAAAAUCAACCAACAGUCAGAUCCGUCCCCUAAUCUCUCGGGGUUCUUUACCGCCGACGAAUAUCGCAGCCGAUCACACAUUGCAUUUCUUAUUUUAUUUUCCGACUGGAGAUGAAAAUGACUCAGUCUGUGUGACGUAAAUUACGGUAAAUUACUUGGUGAUUUUGGGAAACUGGUAAAAUAGUAAUUUAGAAGAAAAAUUAUAAAAACAAAAAAAUUCUAGUAUAAAGCUCAAAAGGAGCAUUUAGCUUUUAAGAUGAGUAAGAUACACUAUUUAACUCAUAUUUUUCAUUAAAUAUUUUGAUAUACUGUAUAUUAAUAUACUAUAUAUAAUAUCUAGUAAUUAGGAAACUACAUAGUAACUAGGGAAACUUAAAAAAAAUUAUUACGUCUUAAUCUAUAUUUUUCAUACCUCGAAAAGUCUCAAUCAAUAUUUUUUGUACCAUUUUACAGGCUUACAGCAUUUUUAUUUAUUAUCUUAUUGUUUUAGCGAUUAGACUAGAUUGGUAUGUAAUUGAAAAUUUUUAAUAGUAUUUUAAGAAAUGAAAACUUUAAUACUUUCGAAAGAUUGUAAACAGUUUCUUUCCUUUCAUCUAAGAGACGUUUCAGAUAUUAUCAGAUGUACAUUUAAUAAGAAUAUAAGAAGAACGUUGUUUUAUCUAAUGCAUUAGUGCGGAAAACACGAGUAUUUGUGCAUGAAAUAUUAUCAGAAACAACAAAUUUUAUCAAAAUUACCAAUAAAUUAUAAUUUUAUCGUAAUUUUAUCAUAAGUAUCGUCACUUUAAAUCUGACAGUAAUUUUAUACCUCUAUUUCCGACACAUUGGACACGUGAGAGAACGUAUAUGACACGUUCAACUUGUACAUUAUUCUUCAUUAACGUCCUUGCGAUUAAUGUUAUCGAGAUAUCAUUCACGGCUAAUUGUAAUAAUCCGCGGUGAAAUUUAUCGGAUAAUUGUAAGAAUAAUAAAAUUGACACGAGACGCACCAGCGAUGAAUUUACGUAGAAUGCAAGUGAUGCCGAGGGCAUUACUCGAUAUGCAUUUACACCCUUUGUUCCCCUCACAAAGCUUAGAUGUCGAGACGGAAAUGUACUGAAGCUUUAAUACGAAUGAUAAAGCUCGAGGCUGAAACACAAUAAUGUCGACGGUGCUCCAAAAUACGCGAUUCUAUCCGCGAAGAAUGAUAAAUUUUGUCUCGCCGCAAAAAAAGGAAUUGUGUUCCUUCUUUUUACUCUCUAAAUGUCUUAGGGUGAUAUCUCACACGAAAACUAGAAUGACAGCCGAGUGAAUUUCCAUUCGUGUUUUGCUUCAAGAGUUCUCUAGAGAAUACACUCUGAAUUUUUUGAAGAGCAAUUUCACUUAAAAGGCAGAACGACAGCUGUCACUCGAAUUCGAAUGACUUUCCACUCAUAUAGAGUGAAUUCUCUAUUCUGCCUCGUCGAGUGAAUAUUUUCACUCGAAAUUGAAAAGUAAAUCUGACGUUUUCGCUGUCACAUAGGAACUAAUCCAUUUUAAUUGAUUAAAAUGUUCACUCGUAUGGGAUUAGAAUCGGCUCCAAGCUUGAGUAAAGCACUUCUUACGAUUUCGUCACAAUACUUUCACUAUAGUUUCAUGCGAAUUUCCAUUCGUUUUGAAUGAGAUUUCACUCCAAGAAAUUUAGAAAAUACUUCCUGAAUUUUGGAAUGAAAUUUCACUCAAAAAGUAGAGCGAUAGUCUCGAAUUCGAAAGAUUUUCCAUUCAUAGAGCGAAUUCUCUAUUCUGAAGUGUCGAGUGAAUAUAUUUCCAUUCGAAAUUGAAAAUAAAAUCUGAUAUUUUUCACUAAUCACAAGAACAUAUUCGCUCCAGUUGAUUGCAACAUUUAAUCAUAUGGUAUCAGAGUCGAAUCUAAGUUUGAAUGAAUUUAUUCUUACUAUUUCAAGUGGCAAUAUCUUUACUGCCGCUAGGACAAAAUUUACGUUGUUUUUGAAUGAGAUUUCACUGAAAAUAAUUUAAGGAGUAUAUAUGGAGAGAAUAGUUUCUUUCAAGUGAAAUUCUUUUCAAUUUUAUCAUG